AUGCCUAGCAAUGGGUUCAGUGUGGCCUGUGCUAUCCGAGUACUCGGAGGAUACUCAGCCACAGAGUAUAUUCUUUCCAGUGAGUGGAUGAGGACCCGUACAUUCGCGCACAUAUACGUCAUUCAUCUGCAUAAAUGCAAUGCCGCUGGCGAUCCAUUUGCUACAUCACGUAUUCCCUGUCUCGUCGAGCGAGUGACGAGACUACGGUUGGUUGAGGCCGGAUUGAAGGCCUUGGCACACUACUUUCUCAUUCGCAGCUUUGAUACGACAGUCGAGCGUUGCGAGCCACCAAUCGGUGUUGGGGCAGGACAGGAUAGGGAGAAGCACAUUUUCAUUAGCAGUGUACAAGUAUCGGCUCUAUCAACACGGGUCUAUUCGCCUACAGCGCAUGUUGCGCUCACCAUCGGCCGAGACAGCCUCGUCUUGCCGCCGGCUUCGGCUGCCGCAGAUGUACGAGACUUGCAAGUUGAGCCUAGAAACGAUGCUGCCGCGUGUGGGAACACUUUCAGAUACCCUAUACUAUUCGAAUGCAACAUGAUUGUCCGUCAAUCUCCCCUUACAUGCCUUCCCGUAGCCAAGCUCACUCAUCAAGAACACAUUUCUCCUCUCUUCUGA